CAAGCUUGAGGAAUUAUGCCUGAACCCUCCAAGUCGGCUCCUGCCCCUAAGAAGGGCUCAAAGAAAGCCAUCACCAAGGCUCAGAAGAAAGACGGCAAGAAGCGCAAGCGCAGCCGCAAGGAGAGCUACUCCAUCUAUGUCUACAAGGUGCUGAAGCAGGUGCACCCCGACACGGGCAUCUCCUCCAAGGCCAUGGGCAUCAUGAACUCGUUCGUCAACGACAUCUUCGAGCGCAUCGCGGGCGAGGCGUCUCGCCUGGCGCACUACAACAAGCGCUCCACCAUCACGUCCCGCGAGAUCCAGACGGCCGUGCGCCUGCUGCUGCCCGGAGAGCUGGCCAAGCACGCCGUCUCCGAGGGCACCAAGGCCGUCACCAAGUACACCAGCUCCAAGUAAGCAGCUUCUAGAAGGCUCUUACUUCUCCAUCCAAAGGCUCUUUUCAGAGCCACCCACUUUAUCAAAAAAGAACUGCAACUAAAUUAAUCUAGCUGUAC